UUCUUCCACCUAGUACACACACACACACACAGACACAGGCAACGAAUGACGUAGGGCUCAUACUGCGAAAACACCAUCAGGUUCACGUGGAUGUCUCGUAAAACAGAAUAUAUUUCAACUUUAGUGAAAGUUGUUUUAACUGUGUUUUCUACGAAAAAAUGUCCUUCAUGGCACUAGUUUUGUAUUUGACAAGCAAUACAUAUUCAUCCGCUUCUACAUGAGUGUCAAGAGCACAGCAGUACCCGGAUGGACUGUCAUGGCCGCCGUUGCUGUGGUUCCAUAGAGAGGAGAGAAGGAAGGCAAAUGUUUCUGCUGUGUGGUUUUUCUGCCUUAACCUCCUUUAUAUAAUGUCGGACGAUGACGGGACGCCGCCUGAACUUCCAUCGAGUUCAUAGCACCAUGGCCACACUACAAGCUCCUCUUCUUCAGACACGACAUGCAUUAAAUCAUUGAGUUUUUCCUAAAGGAGUACAGACUGCGCCGACGGAGGCGCAGAAGUGCACCGGCACGCUUCCCUCUCCUUCGGCUUUUCACUGCAUAAGCAAAGAUAUCUGAAGUUUUACAACUAUGGAAGAAGACCUCACAAUACCUCAUGAUUCUGCCAAAAACUGCAACAUAUCAGUAACAGAGGAUGAUAAAGAAAAGGUAAAAGACUUUGUGUAUAAGCAUUUCAGAGAAGUGACAGAUGGGUCACUCUUCAAUAAUGCAGAAGAGUCUUCCAUUAAGGAACAUGGGAGUUCCACCAAGAAAGAUAAACAGACUCUCAAUAAAGCCCAUUGUAAAAUUCAGCAGGGGGCUGUUUUCUCUGGAAAGAUUCUGAGUUUUGAAUGCGCUGUGUGUAAAGAUGAUUCCACAUAUAGCCCCAAUGAUCUCCUUAAACAUUUUCGAGCGGCUCAUAAAGGAACCCUUCCUACAUACCCUUGUGACCUGUGCGGGUUUGUCACAAACGAGUUCCCUGCUCUUCAACGGCAUCGGAUUGAGCACAGGAAUACUCUGGUUACAUGUGAGCUCUGCAACGAUGAUGUGCAAUACUCUCUGCUUUUGCUUACCAGACACUACAUCAUGUGUCAUAGUCUAAAUGGACAGUUUAACUGUGACUGGUGUGAGUUUACAACUGUGGAUGCAGGUACAUUCGUCCAGCACAUCCAUCAUCAUAAUGAGCAUCCUUGGAAGUGUUCGAAAUGCAGACAUAUCAGCUUGAACGAAGAGGAUCACCAGAAGCAUAUGAAAGCUCACUUGGGUACAUUCCCCUUCACUUGUCACAUCUGCGGAUAUGGUGCAGCAAGAAGCGAGUACCUAAAAAAACACAUGGCAGCUGUUCACAAAGAAGAGGCAGAGAGAAGGAAUGUAUGGAAGGCUAUAGAAGACAACGGGACUCCAGCAAAUUCAUCUGCAAGCUUAAAACUUUUGCUAAAAAAGAGUGGUGAAUCCCAGGAGGCUCAGAGAAUAUCAAAACUGAACUGUCUUGCUGGGAAUUUAUCAAACCAAAAUGGCAGGCUAAUCAAACCAGAGAUAUCCUUAGAGGAGACCCACCAUUUUGUUGAUGGGACUGUAGCGAAAAAGGACAAUAAAAAUUGGAGCAAAGGCUCUCAUAACACAGAUCAGUCAAUGCCAGUAAUGUUACAGGAAUGGGACAACUCUGCAUGUUCUGAUUCUGCAAGUCACACCAAUCCUAAUGGACUGACGGUUCUGAUGGUUAAGAACAAAAUCUCUCUUCCCCCCAACUGUACAACCAAAGUGAUGGGAUUCAAGAUGGUUGAUGGCAAAAAACAUUUAGUUCUCAAAGUAAUACCAACAGCAAAGCAAGACUCAUCCACUCAGAACCAUUCCUCAGUUGAAGAUGUGGGCUCCUCAGCACCAAAUCCUGUGUUGGAUAAAAGUAAAGUCUCUGAGAAUGGGGAAUGCUCUGAUAGCAAGAGCUCAACAUCACAUUGCUUUGCUAUUUCACCAAGAAGUGGAUCUUGCUGCUGUGAUGAUAUUAUGGCAGUAAAGGUAAAGAUUGAGGACGAAGAAACCUCUGUUUGCAACUUUGAUUCCACCCCACAUAGAGUUGAUGUUGAGGAACAGACUAAUCCUUUACUAAAUAGGUCUUUGAAUUGUGCAGAUACAUUAUAUCCCAUCACAAAUGAGUUUGAUCAUGUUUGCGCCCAAAGUCACCCAAGUCAAACAACCUGCUCAGAGAGAAGUAAGUUUGAUAAUAUCUCAGUCUCUGCAACAUUUAACUCUGAUGCAACCAGCCAUAGUGGUUCAAUAGUGUGUGCUGGUAAGGUCACUGGUUUAUCUUCACCUUCAAAAGUUGCUCAGGAGUCAUUGCUUUCCAAACAGAUCUCCAAAAAAACAGUUGAAAACUGUGGGACAACAGAUGAGUUAUCAUUGACUGAUAUAGUAGCAGACAAACUCAUUGACGAACACAACUCUUCCUCUAACACUAUAGAAAAUGAUGACCAAUCUUCUCAGACUACUCCAGAAAAGGAUAACCCUGACAGGGUUAGAACUGAGAUCAAACAUAAAAAUGGGCAGCAAAAAUUUUCAACAAAUCCACCUCCAUCAGAGUCAUCCACACCCACUUCAGGUAGCCACAGAGAAAGUGCCAUGGGCUCAGAAAACUACACACAAAAUUCACCAAACCAAGAAGUGUUUACCUUUCACAAUUAUUCUAAGGAAACAUUCAGCACUUCACCUAACACUACCCAAAAUGUUGACGAUAUAUCCGAACAUUCAGCAGAAAAAGAAAGUAUUUGCGAAACAUCACAGUUUAGCUUGACUUUGGCAGAGUCUCCAGAACCAUUCACAGAAAGUGUCAAUGGAGUAGACUCAACUCCAGAAAAUAAUCGAGAGGGCAUGAAGAAAGUGUCAGAUAGUGACAUUGAGGUUGAGGAGUGCAUAGCUAGUGUUGACGAUCCUCCCACUGAGGAUGAAAAUCCUGAGUCAGUGCUCCAAGACUUUAAUAUUAUCAAAAUUGAGGAGGAGAGCAUUCCUAUAUCCAAAAAACAGUCAGAAACAAACAGUAGUUCAACUUCCUUGGGCAGUUUUGUGGAGGAACAUUCAGAUGCAAUCAUUACCCAACAACUGAUCAAAGAAAGAGUUGGAUCUUCAAGUGCAAGCAAUGAUUCUUUAAAACAAACAAAAACAACUCUGUUCUCAAUUCUUCAAUUGCCAGAGGGUAAGCAGCCAGUACUCCUGAGGACUACUGAGAAUCGAUUUGCCAUGCCAGUGCAGGUCAAGACCACUCCAGGUUUCAAACUGAUAACCAAUUCUGCAAAUCCUCAGAUCAAUGUAUCUUACAUGAAGCCAGGGUUAGAAAGAUCAAGUAACCCCACUGGCAUAACCCUUACUCCAAACAGCAGGAUAGGUGUAUCAGCACCAAAGGCAGGAGCUGCUGAAAAAGGGACAACACUUAUUUCUGCUGUUCAACCAGGUGUUAGCACCACCUCAAAUCACUACUUUAUCAACAGCCCAGGUUUUAAGGGUCCUGUACUCCUUUCAAGCACACCACAUAAUACACCUACAGACAAAACAGCAAAGACACAGCCAACUUGCUACUUAGUUCAGAGGUCUGUUCCAUUUGUUCAGACCCCUAGUACUCCUGGCCUCAGAUUAGCAAGUACACAACUCCCACUGAACUCACGGCCAGUUCUGGCCAUGCCUGUGAGCUCUGCAGACAAACCCAGCACUCUGCAGACGGGUCGCCAGGCAUUCUUGCUCCGAUACAUUUCUCCACCCAAAUCAGGCCUACUAUUGAACAACCAAGAUGCAAAGACUGGGACUCAGUGUAGCCAAACCAGUGACAGCACUGGAAACAAAGUCAUAUUUAAAAUUGUCACACCCACUGGUAGCCUCCUUACAAGUGGCUCUCCCACCUCAAGCAAUCAACCUUUGUUUUUGGCCACCAGACCUCAGACCCAAUGUUUUCUGGUGUCAUCAAACAAAACUAAUGCAAAUGCUUCCAAUGGAGUAAAGAAACUGAUCACCAUACAAAAUACUGCACAGAAAGAUGUCAAGGGAUCUUGCAUUUCACCCUCUCAGAUGAAUGUAAAGGUACCACAGUGUGAAGCAGAGAAACCUAUCCUAGCCCCAAGGCCAAUUCGGCCUCCAAGCCAAAGGAAAAGGCGCAGGAAACCAUUAUUUGACGAGCUUCCAGCAACAGUGCAUAAAGCUAGAAGACUCACAAAUAAAGUACUGACUGAGAAAGAGACUACUGUGUUAUGGAAGCCUGUACCCAAAGAAGUUGAAAGGACACUGAGACUUGCCCCAUUCAGUUCUCUACAGCAAGUCAAAUGCCCUCGUAGAUACCAACCUGUAGUGGUGCUCAAUCAUCCAGAUGCUGACAUUCCCGAAGUGGCCAAUAUCAUGAAGGUAGUGAACAGGUACAAAGGUGCUGUUACUAAGGUCUCUCUGUCUCAGAAAACAAUCCAAGCACUCUCCGAGCUACGUGUUCUAGGGAAGAAUUCCUCGACCAAAGCUGCGUCGUCUCACAGCGAUGAUCCAAGACCUCGGCCAGUUCGGAGUUCUGUCCGAGAGCGAUUCCUCCUGAAACUGAAGUUAAGGAAAAAAAGCAAAAAAAAAUACGAGGUAGUGGAAACUUUAUCCGGUUGUAGACAAGAGCCUGUGGUGUUUGACUGCUGGUUUUGUGGUCGGCUCUUCAACAGCCAAGAAGAUUGGAUUGGUCAUGGCCAGCGGCACCUCAUGGAGGCAACUAGAGACUGGAAUCAGCUUUUCUGAAAAAUUUAAAUGGGUUGAUAUUCUGUCUUCUUGAGGUGGAACAAAUGGUUAAAGUUGUAUAUUUUUAAUGACCUUCCACUAUACGUUUGUUCUUUUCCUGUAAAUACAUAUUCUUAAAUCAAUCAUAGUUUAUCUUUUCAUAGGUGCAUAUUCUGGUAAAAUAUGUACUGCAAGCAUGAUUUGUAUCAUGCAUGCACAGGUCAAAUUGAACUGUGAAAAUGGUACACUGUAAUUGAGUUGGAGUUGUUGUAAGAGCUCUAGCUUAAAGAAAGGGGACAAUGUCAGCAAAGGUUGUAUGCAGUGUUGGAUUAAAUUACUCAGGUGAUGUCAUAUUAAUCUGGUUUGUCAUUUUCAAAAAAACAUAAGCCUAGUUUAAGGGACUUUUGUAUCUUUUAUUAUCCUGCCCACGAGGACAGGAAACUGUAUUUGUAUAGCUUAACUCUAAAGCUUGUAGACAAGUUCAAUUGUUUUGCGCUUGUGAUGAAAAAAUGUUCUGGUCCAAAUUAUUCCUUUUUGUAUGAUGUUUUAAGUGAAGGGGGUAUAAUUUUACACUAUUGUCAGGAUUUUGUCAACCUGUAGCAUGCAUUUGUCAUAACUAGAGCUGAGAUUUUUCACGGUAAUCUCUUUAGUCUGCCAAGUGUUGCAAAUAGACAGAUGGUUUUAUAAAAAAAACUUUUGCAGAAAAUAGAAAUCAUGUAUCUUUUAAACAGGAAACAGUUUCAUGGCUCUCUUUCAGUACUUGAGAAAUACAGAUCAGCCCAUUUUACACCCUAUGCAGUUUCGAUCUAACAAUAUUUUUGUCAUCAGCUGAAGCUGUUGGCUUGUGCUCAUGUUGUGAAUCAUCUGAAUCCACAUUUUAUUUCUGAAUUUACUGAUAAAUCUUAAAGGUUCCUUGAAUUUGCUUUCAGAUUGUACUUUUUUUGUGGGUUGCAAUGUUUAUUCAUUGCAAAAGACUUUGAUGUAUGAUGUUAACAUCAAGAGAGACUUAAUAUGAAAAUCUGUCAGAAACAACAGAAAUGUUACAAAUAUGUUUUCCCAGGGCUCGACAGUAAGAUUCGGCAUCCACUUCCAAAACUUAUAGAUGCCAGAGUUGACACAAUGGCUGCAUUCUUUUGAUCAUUUAUAACUGGAAUUGUAAAGGUUAUGAGUAAUAUCAGUAUCAAUAAGUGAUAUCAACAAUGGUUAAACUAGGGCUGUAACUAACAAUUUUCUUCACUGUCGAUUAAUCUGAUGAUUAACUUCUCUGUUAAUCAAUUAAUCGUUUCAUAUAUUAAAUGUCAGAAUAUGUGAAAAAUGCCUCUAUUUUCUAUUGUCUUUGUUUUGUCAGACAGUCCAACAGCCAAAGAUAUUCAGUUUAUUAUCACGAAAUACAAAGAAACGCAGCAAGUCAUCCCCAUUUAGAAGCUGAAAUAUGGCAAAAUUUGGCAUUUUUGCUUGAAAAAUUACUUAAAUGAUCAGUCAAUUAUCAAAAUAGUUGCACUGAUUGUUUUUCUGUCGAUCGACUAAUAGAUUAAUCGCCUAAUCAUUUCAACUCUAGGUUAAACAUAUUUAAUCCAUAUUUAUAUCCUUUUUAUGUUUGUUGUUAAGCUACUAUCGGUGAAACUCAAUUUCUUGCAGAUAUUUCACAUUAAACGCCUGUUGGGAAAGAAAGAGGUUAUGCCCUUAAUACUGCUGGAAGGCUUUUAAUCUGAAACAUCUGUGCAGGAAGUAUAACUUUUUAUUGACAGUAGCUUAACAGCAUUUUUUUUGAAACAGCAAAGUGGAAGCAAUUGGUAAAAAUUUGUGAAUGAAAACAAUAUUUCUGUUUGAGAAGACAAAGUCAGAGCAGCAGAGUGGUGAGUAUGAUACGACUGAUGUUCUAAUGGAAUUAGUGCUGUGGAAAUGUAAAAAAAGCUGGUCAGCUAAUGCAACUAAGCAGCCAAUAAUGUUGAGCACUGUGUUACUAUACCACCCUCUACAAAAUAACUAAAUUUUAGCCACUUGGACCACUACCACAGCACUUUGGAAAAUGAAAAUAUUGUUUUUGCCCCUUGAAGCUGUGUUACUGCUGCUAUUGCUGAUUAGAAUAAGGACAAAGGUAGUUUUUAUGAUGAGUUGGCUGGAUCACAAAUCUCAAAUCUUUUAGUGUAAGUACAAAACGCGACGGCUGAAAGAAAUGUAAACUGUACAGGAGUAGAUGAGGGUGUAUAUCAAAAAUGUGAAACAGCAUUUUUUGACAUGAAUUUGCUAUACAACAAAGUGCACCCAGAGACCCCAGAUUAGAAUAGAAAUGGCAUUUUCAUACCUUUUUUUAAACUGUUCUUGGUUCAAUAAAAAGUUUCUUGUUAAUAUCAAGUACUUUCAGAAGCGAUUUAAUAGUUAGUGUUUGUUUUUCAUGCUCUGUAGACAUUUUAAGUGUAGUAGGAGCCCUGAACCCAUGUGUUUGGUAUUAACUUGCACCUUUUAUUGCAUUAAUGUUGUACUGUAAAUCUGCUCACUGUCAUCGUUGAGUCCAGUAUGCUGCACAUACAUUUGUUUUAAUGUUACAUUUGACACACUUUUUUUUUUUUUUAUGGCAACAGGACAUGGACUUGGUAUUUUCUUCAUGGGUUUUAAUGAUUGUAUUACAUGAUGAUCAAACCGUGGAAUGAAUGUUUUAUUCCGUUCAAUAUGCAAAAGUGACAACAAUGCAAGCCAUGCUAAUAUUUUUAUACUUCAAAAUGGUUCUAAACAGCCAGCCUCCAAUUACUGAAGUUCUGACCUCAGCAGGGUCUGCUUUUCACCAGCAUUUCCUAAAUGUUAAUUUUAAUCAAUGGCUCCAAUCAACAGGGUAUUUUAUUCUACAUUAGGUUAAUUCCCUGAAAUAAUUUCAUAUAAAAUGCCUAUACAUGUAGCAUGAGUAGUCGCUACAUUACACUGAUGUUUUUGACUUACCAAUGAAACCAAACAUUCAUUCAACGUUCACCUGGUUCAUGAGGUGUUUUCACAAGCUCUUCUUAAAGGAAUUGUUCAACAUUGUGGGAAAUAUGCUUGCGCUUGCUUUUUUUUCGGAGAGUGAGAUGGGAAGAUUAAUAUCAAUGUCAUGUCUGUGUGUUGAGGACAGAGCUGGAGUCCGGUCAAGGUUAGCCUAGCUUAGACUGGAAGCAGGGUAACUGCUCGCCUGGCUCUAUCCAAAAUUAAAAAAUAACCAGAUACAGCGUGUUAAUAAGUGAGCUUUGAAUGUGUUGCUAGUUGUAAUUUAAUCUGUACACAAACAGAAAUGUAAAAAUUACUAUUUGUGGUUUUGGGGGAGUUGGAACUAUUUGACAAACAGCAAUUUAUCCAUCUGCCCAGUACUUCUGUGCAGUGUCUGCGGCUACAGCUCAAGUUGCCAGAUACGCUUAAUAGUAUAGCUCUCUGUACAGGCAUGAUGGCACCAGAACUGUCAACCUCACUUAACGACAAGAUUCCUGGAAGGUGCAGAAUUGUUGUUUGUCAAGAAGUAGUUCCAGCACGAAACUCCCCCUCGUUUCUGCAUUUCUGUUUGUGUACGGAUAUAACAAACGAGAUACAACAUGCUAACUGGUGAGCUUGAAGUGUCUCUGGGCAUAUUUUUUUUUAUAUUUGGACAGUGCCAGGCUAGCUGUUUCCCUAUGCUUCCAGUCUUUAUGCUAAGCUAGGCUAAGCACAUCCUGACUCCAGCUCUAUACAUAACACACAUUAGAUUGAUAGAAAUCUUCUCAUCUCAUUCUUUGAAAGAAAGUGAAUAAGCGUAUUCGUUGACAUAUUUCAAUAAGAACAGAGCUGGAGUACAUGAUUAGCUUAAUUUACCAUUAAGACUGGAAGCAAGAAUUAGUUUCCAGCACAUAGCAUCCCCCCUUAAACCACAAAUUGUUAUUUUUACAUUUCUUUUUGUGUACAGCUGAAACAAAGCAGAUACAUGUUAAUUAGUGAGAUUUAGAGGUGUUGGUUGCUUUGGACAAUCAGGCUAGUUGUUUCCCCCCCGCUUCCAGUCUUAAUCUUAAACUAGGCUAACCACGUCCUGACUCCAGAUCCGUACUUAACAGACAAACAUGACAUUCAUAUCCAUCUUCUCUUCUCACUCUCGGAAAGAAAGUGAAUAAACUUAUUUCACAAAAUGUUGAACUACUCACUUAAUCAAUCCAGCCUACCAUGCUGCUUAUUUCCUUGGUCAUAAUGUCCCUUUUCCAAGACAAACCAUUUAAUUGUACUGCUUACAUAUACAUUACUUUAAGGUAAAAUAACAGGUUAUAAAGUAACUAAAGGUUCUGCACUCACCCCCCUCAACUAGACAGCUUGAAUUGAUCACAGCCAAAUGGAUGCAAACACCAAAUGAACUCCAGGUCUUAUUUCAGUUUGUUUCACAUGGGUUUAUGCUUGUGGCUGACUGAUCCCAUGGUUUCAAUUAUAUGAUGGAAAUGCACAAAGUCCUGUUUUUUCCCAUCUUUCCACUCUGCUUCUUCUUCACUGCUCAGGCCAAAGAACUAUUUGGGUUUAUCGUGAAAAUGUUGUUGAUGGGAUUUCUAACUGUACAAAUGAGUUCUGCACUGUGAUAAUUACAAACCACUCAUUUUAUGGGGAUACACUUAUUUCAGUUACUUAUCAGUUAAGCCUGAAAUUAAAAUAAAAAAAAAAACAAUAAUUUAAUACAGUUUCAGUUUAUACACAAAGACAACUUCUACACUUCAGCCCCUUACUGUUCCCCUUCAGCUCUUAGGAUGAUGAUGCUCUACGCUACCACAAACUAGAUUGUAGGUUUCAUUGCUCAAAUGCUGAACUCAUCAUGUACAGUAAACUGAUCCUGUCCAGCAGGCUGUUCAAAUUGUUACUGAAUCUUUCCUCAUGCGAAGUGCCUCAAAUGUCCUUGUACAGGUUGACAAUGUGUACUGUAUUAUUCUGUUCAACUUAGUGGUUCACUCUCCUCUAAUAAAUGUACAUACCUUAUGGAAA